CCUUCUUUUUGGUAGAUCGUUAUUUUGAUCCGUUACUUUGUGAACAAAAUCGAGGGAAUGCCUUUUACCCUCGACUAUCUCAUCCGAUUGUACUGCCCUCGCCUCUUUCUAGGCGGAUUAAUAAAGCUUCAACGUCGGGCUACCAAGGUCCUGUUCUCGAGUAUAGAUGAGGACAGGGAUCGAGGCUAGAUCGGCAGGUUCGUUCGAGUAAAGACUUCAGACCUGAUUCCGACUGAAGUGGAACAUGAAGCGUAAGUGUAAUUCUGUUGUUAUCUUCUACUAUUUUGCCCCUUCAUUCCUUUUCUCACCGAUAUGCCCCUUUUGUGAUGCAGCGGUUCCUUGGAUGCCCGGUGCAGUCCCCGAUCUCAAGAACUGGGUACGGGAUCUAGCUUCGACCUCCACAUACGCCGAGCGCUUGUGGUGUGAUUUGUCAAAGGGCCGAUGGGAGGCCAAAAAUCAUGGUGAGCCUCUUUCUCGUAUCUUUGGUAGUUCGAACGAGAUGUUUUCCAUAUAUUUAAAUCAAUUUUCAUGUAUGUAGGUGUGGGCAAAGAUGCGGUUUUGAGGCCCUCAUCCGUCGAGGAAGAGGCUUCGGCCUCUGAUCCAAAGCCGGUGAAGGAUAAUAAGAGAAAAAGGGCCUCCGCCUCUGAAGAUCCAAAAUCGAAGAUGAGGAUGACUCGAAAGUCGAGGAAGAAUACCAUUCCUUUGACCGUAGAAUCAGUACUGCGUCUAAGGGAUGAAGACGAAGAAGAAGAAAACGACGGGUCCGUGUUGGUGGCCCGAAUGAAGAAAUCCAUCGAUGCCCCAAAGGCAGCUGAAUCGAUGGUGAUUUAUAAAGCUCCGCCUCAGACUGAGGAGAUGUCGAGGGAAGGUUCGGGCAGAGUCCCCAAAUCAUUGAAGAUCGAGGAUGCUUCCCACCGAAGUCAACAACCGGUGGGUAUAUCGGAAUGGGCCGGUCCUGAAGCUCUCCGAACUGAGGAGAACGCCCCAAGUGAGUCGCUUGGGGCAAUAGUAAUCGGAGACUUGCCCACUCUCCCUGCCUUUUCCGAAUGGGCGAUUCGGGAAGCCCAAGCUUUGGGGGCCCUUGAGAUGAGCUGGUCUCAUGAAGGGGAGGACCCCUUCAGUGGUUUGUUUACUGGGGUCGAGGACGCUGCUAGCCCUAGUGAUGUGUCGGGACUUUUCUGCGAAAUGCAGCAAGCUCUGAAUCGGGCCGUCGCGAUUCAUCGAGAAGCAUGUUCUCGGUCUCGAGCUGAGCUACAUCGAUUCGAGGCCGACCUCCGACGAGUUACAGAGGAGAGGAAUGUCCUCAGACUCCUUUCCGGUCAAAGAGAAGAAGAAAUCAAAGGCAUUCGAACUGAGUUGGCCAAGGCUCAUCAAGACCAGACCGACCUGACCGAGCAGGUAAUGAUAAUAUUAAGAACUCAUGAGCUUGAUUCAGGAUUGGAGGCUAAUAUUUCGAUCUCACAACUGCAGUAGAAACUCUAGACGAUCGGGCAGCUUCGUGAGGAAGUUGAUAUAAUAAGGGCGGAGACCAUGGGAUGGAAAGAUGGCAUGGACUAUCUUGCUAAAGGAAAGGAGAUUGUUCGGACCCAAUUGUCAUCGACUGCAAGCCAACUUCAAGGCAUGAAGGUGAAGAGCUCGGUUCAAGCGAGACAAAUUGAGGAACUCGAGGCUCGGUUGGCCUCCGAACUUGCCAAGGCCAAAUCUGAUGCCGGAAAGGCAAAGUCCUAAGCGAAUGUAUUAGUGGCCGUCUAUCGGGCGGAUGUUAAAGCUUCUCAGGUACAAGCAAGAGAGGUAGCCUAGACCGCCAAUACUCGAGCAUAUUGGGUUGCCGAACUUGCUAAAUGCCGAUCUCUGAGGGAGACCCUCGAAGAGAUCCAUGCUCAAGGCUUCGAUCUCACCGAAGAGAUAAAAAGAGCAAAAGAGCUUGAAGCCGAUGCUGAAGCCUUGGCAUCCGAUGAUGAUGAUGGUGGUGAUGAUGAUGAU